UCUCUCUCUCUCUCUCUCUCUCUAUUCCACUCCCUCCUUUCCCUCUCCUUCUUCCCCCUCCCAGUUUUCCCACUCGACAAUCCUGGCUUGCCACCAUCCCCCUCAACCGGUCGCUUGCUCUCGUUUGAUUUACUGCGUGACCUCGUGCGCCCCCUGGACCAAUAGUGACUGACUUCGUUUCGCGUCAAGAAUGCUGGAGGACCCCUCAUACGCCGAAAUCGUGCGCUGGGGCGAUGAAGGGGAUAGUUUUGUGGUCUUGGAGGUAAUGCGCCCGCCCCGCGCCCUGGAAUUCGCCGUCGCCAUCCCUCCCUCGGCUAACCCGUCCGACCGCAGUGCGAGAAAUUCACCAAGACCAUCCUUCCCAAACAUUUCAAGCACAGCAAUUUCGCCAGUUUCGUGCGACAGUUGAAUAAGUACGAUUUUCACAAAGUGAGACAGAAUAACGAGGAGAACGGGCAAUCGCCGUACGGGCAGAAUGCGUGGGAGUUCAAACACCCCGAGUUUCGGGCCAACAGCAAGGAAUCGCUCGACAACAUUCGACGGAAGGCGCCAGCCCCUCGCAAACAGGCCCAAAGCAACGACGACGGGGUGCCGACGCAGCAGGUCGAUCUCCUGAACCAACAAAUUGUGGCGCAACAAACACAGAUCCAGCAUCUUUCCGAUCGCCAUGCGCAGUUGUCGGUGGACCACCAGUUGAUAAUGCAGGAGUUGAUGAGAGUGCAGAAGACAGUAUUGAACCAUGAACAUGUGAUCCACCAGGUUAUGACCUACCUUCUCUCGGUGGAUGCCCGCCAAAGGCGCGACAGCAAAGCGUCCGCACCGUUCCCGGCCCAGGGCCAGGGCGGCUCGACCAUGAGCCCUUCCCAAGUGGCGUCGAUGGAUGACGAGCCUUCGUCCCCCUUGCAGCAUGCCUCGAAGCUCCUGAGCGAUAUGAAUGCCGAAAUCCAAUUCAAUACCAACGGUCUCGAUUCCGCGGUCGAGCCGCCCAAAACCGCUCCGGUCGUAACCACCCCUUCCCUCGAAAACGCCCCGCGAAACGGCGUGGUGCGUCCGCCCACCGCGGCGGGCGCUAACCCCGCCUUGGUAUAUCCCAAGAUGAACGGCGAAAUCGAACCCGUGGUCUAUCCCGUCGGCGCGACAAACGGAAUCGAUCCCAUGUACAGCGACCAUGUGAACAACGUCCCCUACCCGAUGCCCCCCAAGCAGGAAGUCGACGAAAGCCGACGGCAAUUCCCCGAUAACCGAAAAAAGAGUACGAAUGUCGACCCCGGCUGGAUGCGGCCGCCGCAGAUCUUGCUUGUGGAGGAUGAUGCUACAUGCCGCCAAAUUGGUGGGAAAUUCCUAUACUCAUUCCAUUGUGUUAUUGAUACCGCGUUUGAUGGGCUCGAGGCCGUAAACAAAAUUCAGGACGGCUCCAAAUACGAUCUGAUCCUGAUGGAUAUUAUCAUGCCAAACUUGGACGGCGUCUCCGCAUGCCAUCUAAUCCGCCAGUUUGACCGAACUCCCAUCAUUGCCAUGACUUCCAACAUCCGAAGUGAUGACAUUCAGCUAUAUUUCCAACACGGAAUGGACGACGUACUGCCUAAACCCUUCACACGAAAAAGCCUCCUCGACAUGCUAGAGAAGCACCUAGUUCACUUGAAGACCAUGCCGCAGGGCAUCGAGGCUCCGCAACCCGCUCCGGCAGCGGUCACUAUGGCCGCUCAAAGUUCGGCGGGCCCAUCAAUCAAGGAGGACAGCUCCCCGGGCCAGUCCCCCGCCGCGUCGAUGAGCAACUGGCAAUCACCUGGUCAGUUCCAGGGCAUGACUGCGGUUCACCCGAAUCUCCAGCAGGUUCCUGGCCAAUAUGUUCCUGCGACUCCCGCCCCUACUGCAUACACCGUGGACCAAACCGGAGUCCAGUAUCCUACUGCAGCCCCCGUCGCGAUCCCUGCAGCGGCGGCUGCAGCACCGCCACCACGACCCCAACCGCGACGGCCGGUCUCGGAGAUGGCUAGUGUCGCCGAGAGUCCCAAUAUGACCAAACGUCCGCGUGUUUACGCACACCCACCCCAGCCAAUGGUCAACCCCGUGCAGGCGACGCGGACUGGCUAAAGCGCGCUAUAUAUUCCCACUGUAUAUUUUUCAUAUCAGAGGCCGGUCUCUGCCUCGUUCGUCUGCUGCAUUGUAACCUCAUUGCCAUCUUGUCUCCCUAUUUGACGAAUCUCAUAUAUUCCUAAUGAAACUUGAGUCGUAUGAUGUUCUCGUUAUCUUGUUGGUCGGGGCGGUGGCUGUUUUUCGACAUACAUUGGCGUUUGUGGACACUUCUAGCUGCGUGCAUUUCAUGGUUACAAUUUCUUCGGUCUGCUUUCUUGCUGCGAAUACUCCUUCUGUCGGGUUAUCUGGUCGUGUUAUAUCUAUAUUCGAGGGUUGCAUCGAAAACGGUGGUUUCUAUAGUGAAACUGUUUCUUAUGUGUACACCCUUACUGUCAAGGGUUCUUUCAACUAUAUUUACAGGUCAUUCGGUCAUCUGCUCUUUUUCUGCUGGCAUUCUUGCGCAAUCUGGAAUUUACAGACCAUGGCUACAAUUUGAUGUUCCUUGCCGAGUUUACUUGUGGCAAUUCUAUUCCGAAAGACUGUAUGUAUGAAUGCAACUCAAAAUCAAUAUGGAAUCAAUUUCCGCCUGCACCAUGCCGGGACCACGCAAUAAGGACCACAAU